AUGGUUCUUACACGAGCAUCCCAAGUGUGUGGCCAGGCGAACUGUGACUGGGGGAAGUAUGGUGAAAACUGCGACAAAGCUUGUCCUGAACACUGUAUUUUCAACAAAGAUAGAAACCUCCAGCACUGUCACAAGAUCACUGGGAAGUGUUCCGAGGGCUGCAUGCAUGGUUGGCACGGCAACCAGUGCGAUCAUCCUUGUAGCAGACACUGCCUGAACAGCAUCUGCAACCAACAGAAUGGUCUCUGUGCCUUUGGCUGUGAUGGAAGCUACACGGGAGAUUUCUGUAACAUGACUAAAAGCGCAAACGAAGACAGAGAAAUAGUACCAACUUUGACGAAUGCUGACAUCAAACUGAGUGAUGAUGGCAACACCAGUCUCAUUCAUUUGACAUGUCAGCCAGAUGAUACGUCAAUUUUAGAGAAUCUACUUUCACAGUUUGACAUCAACAGACCAGGUCGACGCGGCUGGACACCGGCGAUGAAGGCAGCUGUGAAUGGAAGAAAGGGGAAAUCUGGUCAGACUCCUUUAAUGAGGGCAGUCUGUGGCGGCCACAUUGCUGUCUACAAAUACCUGGUGUCAAGUAGUGCUGACCGCACGCUAGUGGACAGAGCCGGACACACUCUUCUACAUCUUGCCACUCGCCAUGGGCAGCUUGCUGUGUUGAAACACAUAAUUCAUGGCUUUGAUGUCAACACCCAGGACAAUAAGGGCUUGACACCUGCCAUGACGGCAGUACUGCAUGGAAAAGCUGCAGUAUUCAAAUACCUGAAAGAUAAAGGUACAGAUGUGUCUAUAGUUGACAACACAGGAGACUAUGCCCUCGCUCUCGCUCUUAAACUUAGGAGCAGACAAAUCAUAACACAACUAGCCAGAAAACAUGGACGGUAUAACUGGACACCGGUGAUGAUGGCGGCUGUGUGUGGACAUGAGGAUGUCUUCAAGCUACUGGUGGAUGACAAGGCAGAUCUCUCUCAGGUCUCAGCCACAGGAGAGGACAUCCUGACUCUAGCUAGCCGGGCGAAGAAUACAGCAAUUAUCACAUACUAG